AUGUCCACGCCGGGUCCCGAGCUAAACCGCUGCCCUGUCGAAGGCUGCGACUGGGAACCCAGGACAGCCGGCAACUGUGUACAACGUCACAUUUCCAUUCGCCAUGGGAAACAGAUGCCCUGCGGGGCAUACGUCCUUAAGGGCAACGACCGCAAUGGGCAAGAUCGCGUCAGAGGGCAUCAAGAUGGCUGCCGCGAAUGCCAGCAAGACGUCAAGGAUCCGGUCGAAAACGAAACGGACAACAGCACCACUAGCUCCCCCGAGCCCAGCUUAGGAAUUGGCAGUGACAUCAGAGAAAUUCAUGGAAGCAUCAACAUCAACAAAAUGACAGUUCACGGAACCAUCAUUCACAACCUCGUCGUCUCUCAGACAAACAUUCCCACGGCCUCGACCUAG